CGUGUCAGCUCAGUGCUGCUGUCAAGUUUCACUUACAGUCAUCAAACAGAUCUGGAAAAAACGAGAAGCAGAUUUGUGUGGUGCUGUGAAGUGUUGUCACCUCUCAGUCAGAGCCCCGCCAGCAGGAGCUCAGUGCGCUUGUGCCCUGCCCCAGCAGCUGUGCUGCAGCACAAGAGCCCAACCUUAGCAAAACAGCCCAGGGGAUUGAGAAGCACCCACAGCUCUGUCUGGAGAUGAUGUGCUAAGAAGGAAACACGAAGUUCACAAAGAAGAUAAUUUUUCUUGAAUGAGAGGGGUGAACAGGAGCGUUGUUUGUCACCUUCAGCCAGAAUGUUGGCUCACAUCUGCCUGAGCUGGGUUCUCCUGGUGCUGCUCACAGGCUCCACAGUAUCAGAAUUAAUUGUGAUAGGAGAGGUGGGGCAGAACAUCACUGUGCCCUGCCGCUACAGGGUCCGGAACAGAAACAGCCUCACAUCCAUGUGCUGGGGUCGGGACAGGUGUCCCAAUUCAAAGUGUUCCCAGACCAUUAUCUGGACAGAUGGCUGGAGGGUGACAGAGCAGCACAGCAGCAGGUACCAGCUGAAAGGGGACCUGCAGAGGGGAGACGUGUCCCUGACGAUCGUGGACGCCAGGGAAGCAGACUCUGGGACCUACUGCUGCCGUGUGGAGAUCCCAGGCUGGUUCAAUGAUCAAGUGAUCAACCACAAGGUUGUGGUGCAGAAAGCAAGGAUCUCUACUGCAAGUCCUCACACUUACACCUCUGAACAGACCUCAGGUCCUAGCAGCACCAGUGAAUCCUCCUUCACUGUCACAAGGACCUGGCCAUUGGUUUCUGCUUCAGAAGCUCCUCAGUCUGCCUCUACUCCCUGCUCAGGCCCCUCAGACUGCCUGGAUGUGACUGCAAACGUGCAGAACAUGUCUGUAUCACUUCCCAGAGAGCAGCACCCAGAGCAUGGGCUCUACAUUGGGAUUGGUGCAUGUGCAGCCCUUCUGCUCACCCUGAUUCUGGCUCUGCUCCUCACUAAACAAUAUUUUUACAACACCAAGAAGAUGGGUGGUUCUGCAGGCUUUGUUGCAUUUCAGAGGCCACGGGUUGUGGGGAGCCACAGUGCCCUGGAAGAGGAGAAUCCUGCAGAGGAAAAUGUUUAUAUCAUGGACUACUGCAGUGGGACCCACUCAGACUCAGGAAAGGAUAAGAUCUGGUUUCCUCUCCUUCCACUAACUGCCCUGGUGUCUCCAUCAGCCAGAAUGUCCCAUUUUGUGCUGUUUUACUGGAUGAUGAUGAUACAGAUCUUUAUAGCACCCACGGCGUCUGACACCGUCCGAGGGACAGAGGGACAGCCUGUGACCCUGCCCUGCUCCUACCGCGUGACACGGCGCAAGGACGUCUCCGACAUGUGCUGGGGCAGAGGCCCCUGCCCCAAUUCCAAGUGCACCAACAAAAUCCUGCACACCAGCGGCAGGAAGGUGACGUUCAGGGUGUCUCAGAGGUACAGCCUGCGUGGGUAUGUUGCCUUUGGAGACGUGUCCCUGACCAUUGGGUCGGCCAGGGCGGAGGAUGCGGGCGUGUACUGCUGCCGCGUGGAGAUCCCCGGCCUCUUCAACGACAUCAAACGCAACAUUCAGCUGGAGGUGGCCAGAGCCCCUCCAGUGACCACCACCACCACCACCACCACCACCACCACCACCACCACCACCACGACAGAAGCUCCUGUUUUCACUGAAUAUGUUACAGAAACAACUUCUGCUCCUCAAGCAACCCCUGAUCUCCAGCCAACACCAGAGACUACAGUCCUGCUGACAACCAGCACCCUUCCACCAGCAACCACAGUCCCCGAGUCUCCAGCAGUAACCACAGGGGAGACCUCUGUUCCCCCAACAAUUGCUGGGACAGAAAAUGCUAUUUUUCCUGUGACUGUGGUGGAAACGAGUGCUCCCCCAGAUUUUCCAACCACUUCCCAAGCAGCUGAUGUGACCACUGAAGAUGACAUGUUCUGCUCCAUGCUCCCUGGAAGCACAGAGGUGACUACUGAAUUCCCAGGUACACUUCCAAGUGCAGAGGAAGCCACCACCUCUGUCCUGAUGGAAGAGUUGUCAGCCAGGGAGGUUUCAGUAAAUUCAGAUGGCAAUGCUGGGAAAUAUGAAGACAGAGGAGAUAAGUUUCCCAGCUCUGCCAUUGUCAUUGCCUGUGUCAUAGUGGGAUCCAUCCUUUUGGGCUUGCUGGUUUGGAAACGUAAACAGACAAAGAAGUUUAUAGUAAAAAGUGCUGGACCACCAGAAGAGACUGACAAAGUUUUCAGUGGUGCUGAAGGAGAAAACAACAUUUUUUCCCUGUGAAGAGCUCCUACAUCACCUGCAGAUGCCAUGGGAAAUAAAAAGGGCCUGAUCCAUGCUGCACUGAGAGAUACUUGUGAGCCCUCAAAAUAUCACUGGCUAUAAAACAAAGGCCAAAGCUUCAACUAUGAAAAUUUAAAAUCUUUGUGCAAAUUUUCCCAUAUCACCCUUAAAACUCACUGCAUAAAGCAGCUUAUUUGAGAAGGGGCUUUAUGCAUUAUUCAUGGGUGCUCCUGGCAUCUGCCUUCUUACCAGCACCGUGUUGCACAAUGGAAUUUGUUUUUCUCCAUUUUUACUAAUGCACUUCCUUGAAUACAACUUGUACUCUGGGGAACAGAAGAGAUCACAUGGAAGGCUGCCUAUCUUCAAGUUGCCAUAAAGAAAAAAAAGGAAUCAUAAAAUACAGAUUUUAAUGCUUUUAUGUAAUCAGCAGAAAAAUUAAGCACCAAGAAUGCUGUGAUUUAAAUAAAAAAUGCCAAUUACUUAAGGGGUAUCACUACUGCCUGUGAUUCAGCAUAUUUGAAUAACCCUUGGAGAAUAUGUUAAUAAACUCUGAAAUUUUUUGCUGGCAA